AAAACGGUGAGAUGUCUAGCAUUGGUGACUUUAAGAGGCGGACGCCCAAGAACAACACGGUUCGGCGUGCCCUAAAAAAGUACGAGCCGAAGGUGAUGGAAAAUCCGAAAUGCAUUCUUUUUCUAAAGGGUUCCUCAAUCAAUGAAGUAGGCAGUGAUGCUAUGGCAGACCUAAACGCGAUCACAAAGCCGUAUAACAAGAAGUUAGCGAAGAAAAAUGCCUUUACGCCGUUUGAUGGUUAUCAGCAUCUGGAGUUUCUGGGAUUCAAGAACGACUGCUCCUUGUUUUGCUUUGGGUCGCACAACAAGAAGCGCCCUAACAAUCUGACCUUCGGUAGACUGUUUGAUUUCCACAUUCUCGACAUGGUUGAGGCUGGGAUUAUUGCAGCUGAUCGCUUAGACAUGUCGCGUGCAUCUGAGGUGGAAGCAGGAUCAUUAGGUGGGAAGCCUUUUUUUGUUUUUGAGGGUAGUGAGUUCUCCUCUGAUCCUACCUUUAUGAGGCUUAAAAACCUCCUCGUCGACUUUUUUGGGGGUGGAAACGACGCCGAGAUUAACUUGGACGGGUGUGAUCGGGUGCUGUUCUUCUCCCUUCGCUCCGCGAACGGUGAAGACGCAUGUGUGGCGCCUGCUACCGAUUGCUUGGGAAACAACAAGCCCACCGAGAAGGGAAAUACAAUAUUAUGUAUGCGUCACUAUGCGGUGCAAAAGCCCUCAUUUGCCGCCGGUUUUAGUAAAAACAUUCAAAAUAUAUCACUGCACGACAUCGGGCCCAAUUUCGACCUUGAACUUCGGCGAAUCCAAUUCGCCGAACCACCGGCGUUCCGUGCGGCCUGCAAGGUACCUCGCGAAGUACUGGCAAAGAUGCGUUCGACGCAAACAAAUGUUUCAACUGAUGAUAUGAACAACCUUACCGGUCAAAUACAUGUAGGUAAUCAAAACACCGAUACGUUGAAUUUACGGCGCUUUAAAGCGCACCGCGGUGGCGCUCACCAAUCCACAGGCUUGCUUGGGGUCGUCGAUGAAGAGGAAGGAGUGAAUGGCGAAUCGAGACCAAGGAAAAGAGGACGUAAAGUGGAAGUCGGGUCUUCCGAGACCAACAUUGAAACGGAUAUCUAAAAUUUAAAAAUUCUAAUCUACUAAAUAACUGGUUUUACACUAUUGAAAAUAUAGUUUCCGCGAAUAAAAUGCAAGUAGAAAAUUCAUACGGUUUGCCAGUAUGCUCGUAAGAGAUGAAUCUUCACUAAA